AGGAACGGGGAGCGGGCCGGCUCAGACCCGGUGAUCCGCGAGAUGGCGAGGAGCGGGGUCAGGUUGUGGAUUCGCGCGCUGGGCGGGACGCUGCCUCGGUACCGGUCACCGGGGCCCGCAGUAUGUGGGGUUAGGAGCGGAGUCUAUGGAAUCGGUGUGACGGAUUCUCAGGUGCCAGGGGAAGCGGGUCGAUGCCGCUUGAUUGGAAAGGAACAGAAUUGUAAGGCUACCUGCUGAGAUUUGAAAAAUGGCAACAAAUGAAAGUGUCGGCAUCUUUAGUUCAGCAUCACUGGCUGUGGAGUAUGUAGAUUCACUUUUACCUGAGAAUCCUCUACAAGAACCAUUUAAAAAUGCUUGGAACUACAUGUUGAAUAAUUAUACAAAGUUCCAGAUUGCAACAUGGGGAUCCCUUAUAGUUCACGAAGCCCUGUAUUUCUUGUUCUGCUUACCUGGAUUUUUAUUUCAAUUUAUACCUUACAUGAGAAAGUACAAAAUUCAAAAGGAUAAACCAGAAACAUUGGAAAACCAGUGGAAAUGCUUUAAAGUACUUCUUUUUAAUCACUUUUGUAUCCAACUGCCUUUGAUUUGUGGAACCUAUUAUUUUACAGAAUAUUUCAAUAUUCCUUAUGAUUGGGAAAGAAUGCCAAGAUGGUGUAUGCUUUUGGCAAGAUGCUUUGGCUGUGCAGUCAUUGAGGAUACUUGGCACUAUUUCCUGCAUAGACUUUUACACCAUAAAAGAAUAUAUAAAUAUAUUCAUAAAAUUCAUCAUGAGUUUCAGGCUCCAUUUGGAAUGGAAGCUGAAUAUGCACAUCCUUUGGAAACCUUAAUUCUUGGAACUGGAUUUUUCAUUGGAAUCAUGCUUUUGUGUGAUCAUGUGAUUCUUCUUUGGGCAUGGGUGACCAUUCGCUUGAUAGAAACCAUUGAUGUCCAUAGUGGUUAUGAUAUUCCUCUGAACCCUUUAAACCUCAUCCCUUUCUACGCUGGUUCUCGGCAUCACGAUUUCCACCACAUGAACUUUGUUGGAAAUUAUGCUUCAACAUUUACGUGGUGGGAUAGGAUUUUUGGAACAGACUCUCAGUUUCAUGCCUAUUAUGAAAAGAAGAAGAUGGGGAAAAAGACUGAAUAAAUAUCUCUUGUACACAUCCCUGAAGAUUCACUUUUUCCUGAAUUGAAACUGGUAGCUAACAUUGCUUCUGGGGAGCAGAAAUAAGCAUGUGUCUUGGCUGCUAAAUGAUACAACAUCAUUAACAACCUUUAAUUAUCUUCCUAGUGGGAACUUUUUCUACUUUACAUACAAGUUCUGUAUAUGUAGGAAUAAAUAAAUAUAUAUUUGAGUAUAACUUUCAUGAGGAAGUUUUAAAGGCCGUGUUGUUAACCUUACAAAAAAGUUUUCAGUGAUGGAAGAAAUAUACUCCCCUACCUUCACCUUCCCUGGUAAUACCAGAGGCCUGAAGUUGACAUUGGUCUUUGGGUCUUUAGUCUUUUAGAUAUUUGUCAUUUUAGAAAAUUUUUAAUAAUGGUCCUGGCCUUAUAUUUAACUUGAAACAUUUAUUAUAGAUUUUUGCCUAAAAUUGAAAUAUCAUGAAUUAAACCACAUCAGCUGAUAACAGUGAGUGAUGGAUCCUGCCAAAUCAGAAAUGGCCAACAUCAACACCUUCUACUCUCAUUUGGAACUGACGAGUCUGGGGUGAAUCCUUCUCUGAAGAGUCAUUAUUUAUUGCAAUGCGGCAUAAGCAUCUAUAAAUAGUGUUUCUGACUUCAGAUAUAAGUGAAAUAUUUUGGUCUAACGUUUUUUCAAAACUUGAAAUUUAAAAAAAAUAUUAAGGAGCUUUAUUUCUGUUAUUUAACCUUUCAUUUUUGUUUAUCAAGUUUUCAUUAAGGAUGUGUCUUUGAAAUUUUGUGAACUGACUUGCUGUAUUUGCACUUUGAGCUAUUGAAAUAAAUGUGAUUCUUGUCUGAUUA